AUGGCGGAGUUCACUAUUGACGACAAGGACUUGACGUCCCUCGAGGGCAAAGUAGUCAUUGUCACAGGAGGUUCAUCUGGUAUAGGUCUUGCCACUGUCGAACUACUUUUGUCCCUUGGAGCGUCGGUAGUUUGCGGUGAUGUUCAAGCUCCUCAAAAGGACUUGGGAGGUACAUACACAUUCAUCAAGACAGACGUCUCUAUCUGGAGAGACUUACUUGCACUUUUCAACAACACGAAGAAGAUAUACGGCCGUAUCGAUCAUGUCUUUGCCAAUGCAGGGGUAGGCCCUCGGACCGAGUACUUGUGUACAGACUUUGACGAAAACGGCGAUGCAGUUGAGCCCUCGACCCAGCUUCUCGACAUAAGUCUCAAGGGUGUCAUCAACACCAUUGUUAUCACUGGAUCCGCGACCGGUUUGCAGCGCUUUCGAUCUGUUGACUAUGCUACGGCUAAGCACGGGGUCCUCGGCUUUGGCCGAGCUCUUGUUCCACGGCUUCAAGAAGCCCAGCUUCCAAUCCGAGUCAAUACCUUGGCACCCAGCUGGACUGAUAGCAAUGUACUCCCAUCAUUGAAGAGCUUACUUGAGGACAUACACGUAGAGGUGCAACCUGCCUCGGUGGUAGCUCGCUGCGCUGCUUAUCUCAUGGCUGACACCUCAAGGAACGGGCAGCUCAUCCAUGUACAGCGUGGUAAAUAUACAGAGAUUGACGAGGCAGUCUUACUUCCAGCGUAUCGGCGAAUCAAUGGUGGUUCCCCUAGUGAGGAUGAAGUUCUUAGACGACUAGAAGAGGUCAAAGAGUACGGCAUGGCUGACUUGUUCCCUCAAAGCUCGCCGUAUUGGUAG